AUGGCCUGGGAUCCAGCAGACUUGAAGGGGCUUCCAUGGCCUGAUAUCUUGGCAACCCAGCGGGUUGCUCCGCCGGGCUUUGGGGCAGCCAAAAAUAUCCAAAACCCAAUGGAUAAUUAG